ACAAUUAGAUCUGACAUACAUAAAUGCGUGACUAUUUCAUUUCUCUUAUCAUUUGGGAGAAGCCAGCCAUAAUGAGAGGGGCACUUUUUACGGGGAUAGCAGUUUGUUUGUUGUCGUGUGUGUUCGCAUACAUAGAUGCAGGCGAAGAUGUAAUUUUUGUGAUAGACAGUAGUGACAGGGUUGGCCUUGGUAACUUUGAUUAUAUUAAAACCUUUUUGAAAAAUGUUGUCUCUCAGUGGAAUAUUGGGCGUAACCAGGUUCGAGUUGGCAUCAUCUCUUACGGCGAUGGAGUUCACAUAGAGCGAUUGCUGCAGGACUCCGGAUUCACCUCUGCUGAUGUUAUCUCUGACAUACAAUCUUUGAGAUUCUACAAUGCACCUGCUGAUGCCACAGAUGCUCUGAAGGUGGCUAUAAAUCAGGGAUUUCAAGCAGUCAAUGGAGGCAGACCAGGAGAGAGACAGGUCAUCAUCCACAUUGGUGCUGGUACAGGUGCAGACUCUCGGAACUAUGCAGACAAUGUAAAGAUAGCAUUAGAGAAGGGCAUUAUCGUAUACAAUGUUGCAGUUGGGGAUGGUUGGAUUGUCAACAAACUGUCAGAGUUUGCUGGCCAACCAGAAACACGAUAUAGUUUACCUGUGGCUAAUUUUCCACUCUUGAAUGCCCCAGUCUCAAACACCCUGGCAUAUCGUGUUGAAAAUGAGGUUCCUUACACUGAAGAUGGAUUACCAGUUGCAAGAAGCUGUUUGCCCAGAGCUGACAUUGUCAUUCUGUUGGAUGGGUCUACAAGUGUGACAUCCAACAACUUUUUGACAGCCAAAGAAAAUGUGAAGUACCUAGCCUCACAACUCCAGAUUGGACAGAAUAGAGUUCAUGUUGCUUUGGUUCAAUUUAGUGGGAAAACUUCUUUAGAGUUCCCUUUGACUAAAUAUACUGACAGAUUGUCGGUGCUAAGAGCAAUAGACAGAGCCACAUACAUGCAUGGUAAUACAGAAACUGGGCUGGCUUUAAAAUAUGCCAGGAAUGAAGUCUUUAGCAGUUCAAUGGGAGCCAGACUGGACGUACCACGUAUCAUUAUUCUGUUGACUAAUGGCGCUGCUACAAAUCAUGCACAAGCAGUGACUGAAGCAGGCUUGACUAGAGCAAAUGGCAUUACCAUCUAUGCUGUGGGAAUAGGGAACAAAAUUGAUAGAUUAGAAUUGCAACAGAUUGCAGGAGACUCAAGUCAUGUGUUCACAGCUGUAUCAUAUAAUGAUCUGGAAACAUUAGUUACUCCAAUUUUGAAUGCAGUAUGUCAAGCACGUGUAUCCACACCACCACCAACUACAACACCAGAUCCCAGUAAAGAGACUUGUAAAGAUAACAUCCCCACCUGUGAUUUGUACAUACAACAAAACACAGACAAUGGAGGUUUCUGUGCCCACUAUGUAACUAUGGCCAAAGAAAAUUGUACCAAGUCUUGUGGCUACUGUACAACUGUGAUCCCAACUAUACCUGUUACACCACCUCCCUGUAGAGACACCAUAAGUAACUGUACCAGUUACAGUACUGCUGACUGUGUGGCCUUUGCUUCAUUCUUCAGUGAAAGAUGUGCUCAAAUGUGUGGGCUCUGUGAUAUUAAAGCAGAAACUUCAGGCUUCCAUGGCAUGUGCAUGUACAAGUCCAAGAUCUAUGGUCAAGGAGAGAAAUGGUAUGAUGGCUGUGACUAUGAGUGCACUUGUAUUGACGCUGCUCAUGGCAAGUUUGAGUGUGUCUCCAGAUGUGAUGUUUACCAUGAUCUGCCAUCCUACUGUACACUGGUUCAAAAGGAAGGGGAAUGCUGUCUCCAGCCUGUUUGCCAUUUUCAAUCAACCACAAGCACGUUCUCUGUUACAGCUCAUGGAACAACAACUGACGGUCAUGAUGUGUGUAACUACCUUGGUCGCCAGAUGGCACAGGAUCAGCUGAUUGAAAUUGGAUGCAGCAGUCAGUGUGUGUGUCUCAACGCCACUCUGGGUACUGUCAACUGUACUGCCAAAUGCCCAGUGUAUGACAUGAUGACCUUCCCAUCGUACUGCUACUUAGAGACAGUGCCAGGUACUUGUUGCCAACAGCCGAGAUGUGAACUGCCAACCACCUCUGCAAUCUUUACAGGGUUUGGUACAGUCUCAGAGAAGGCAGGAUAUAAAGAAGUUUAUGAUGAGUCAAAGCAACCUCCAUGCAUAGAUUUGAAACCAGAGUGUCCAUUGUAUGGCAAGGACACUUGCCAAGGAAACUAUAAGCCAUUCAUGACAGAGAACUGCCCUGUCUACUGUGGACUCUGCCAUGAAAAGUAUCCCGGGUUUGUGGCUGGCCCAGAAGAUAAGUGUAUCUACAAUGGUGUGCAGCAUUCUGCUGGAGAGGUCUGGGAGCCUGAUUGCGAACAUCAGUGUACUUGUGAUACUGAAUAUUAUGGUUUCUACAGGUGCUGGAGCAAGUGCCCAACAUACACUCAAGUACCUACAGGCUGUAAGCUAGAGAAGCUAGCCAGUGAUUGCUGCCCACACAUCAGUUGUCCAGUUAGCACUGUCCUCCUGCCCUCCACCAUGAAUGUGAAGGGGCCGCAGGCUGGUUCCAACAUCUACAUUGUGACCAGCACUGGUCAGCAGAAACCUCUUCUGCCCACUCUUAACCCAGAUGGCUCUGUGAACACAGGGACAUCUGCCUACCAGACAACAGCAGUCAAGGGUUGCCUAUUCAAUGGAAGAGUCCUAGUUGAAGGAGAAAUAGCCAAAGAUUACAGCUGUGGCCAAACUUGUCAAUGUGUGAAUGAAAAUACUGGACUUAUGUCUUGUGUAUCCAGGUGCCCAACCUACUCCCCCGCCAAUGCUUUAUGUACAUCAGUCACUGAUCCAUUUGAUGCCUGCUGCACUGUUCCAAGUUGUCCAUUGUCAGUCACUAAUCCACCAAAGCCAAGUUAUCUCCCACCAACGUAUGUUUACAGUGUAGUUAAGAAUCCAGAUCCACAACAAAUACUUGCUGUGACGACGGUCAAGACAGUAAUAUACACAACUGGUGGAACACCAACAGCAGGACUGGCCACCACACCACGUACCACUUACAACCCACUACAUUUCAACAGACCACAGAGUGCCAAUCCUCUUCCCACAAUGCCGCCUGGAGUAGUACCAAACCCUAACGCUCCUGGGCACUGCACUCACAUUGAAACUGGAUUGACCUACAAGGAAGGAGAAAGAUGGACAGUGGACUGCAAGUACAACUGUCUCUGUGUGAAUGCCUCUGCUGGAAGCUACAUCUGUACCAACAUGUGUGUUGAUCUCCAAUGCCCGAUUGGUGCUAACUGCACUCAGUAUCCAGACCCUGAUUUCCCUUGCUGUAACUUACUCCAGAUCAACUUACCUUCAAACAUAGAAAUCCACCCAACCUCUUUAUCAACUGGUCAGACCUGUAUGUAUAAUGGUAAGGAGCACAAUAUUGGCCAGACUUGGCAGGAAGGUUGUGACAGAAACUGCAGCUGCAAUUCCGUUAAUGCCACCAUGGUCUCAAUCCAAUGUAAAGAUUUGUGUCCCAAGUACAUUAGUCUUCCACCUGGAUGUCAAGAAGUCAAAGUUGAAGGAUCUUGUUGCCCAAUACUUGUGGGUAGUACCUGUACAGGUCAAUACUGCUUGGACCUGAAUCAAAAUCCACACCUCCCUGGAGAAUCUUGGAGAGAAGGAUGCCAGUACGAGUGCACAUGCACCCAGAAACCAGAAGGCUUCUACAGAGAGUGUCGAGGAAUUUGUCCUGUUUACAAAGAUUUGGAUAGGUUCACUUGCACCUACCCAACUCCAGCACCUGGCAAAUGUUGUGCUCUCCCAGACUGCUGUGCUGAUGCUGACUGCAAGGACAAAAUCAAAUUUGAAAUAACGGACCAAUUUAGAGAUGAAUUUUAAUUCUUUUAACAGUGUGAAUAUUACAGUGCUCAAUAUUGUUGUACAAGAAUCACAGGUGUUCAAUUCACACAACAUAAAAUUUCAAUUCACACAACAUAAAAAUAACAAUUAGUAAUUUAUGGGUUUAUCUUUUUUUCUAAUUUAUGAAAUCUUCGCUAAUUUUAUAAUGUUCUUUUUAUGUGAAUCACUGUGUUAAAUGCUUUUGAUGACUGUCAAUUAAAAAUAUAUAUUUAA